CCCCCCCCCCCCCCCCCCCCCCCCAAGCCCUUCCAAUGCCGGCGACCUCCGGGAGCUGGGACGGCUUCCGGAGCCCUUCUCCGCUUCUCCCACCCCCCGCCGGCUUCCUUCGGGCGGCGCUCCGAGUGGUGCUCUGAUCGCCGGCGGCCGGAGCCUGUUCUUUUCGCCGGGAGCAGGUCGGCUUCUAGGUUCCGUGCGGUACCCGCGGGAGUGUUCGCUAGGGUUCCGGAGGCUCCGAGAGGAAAAUUCUGAGGUACGGGGUGGUUUCAAGAUCUCGGCAUCGGGUUAUCUUGUUGGGUUCUCUUAUUUUAUUUUAGGGUUACUAGUUCCAAUCAUUUGGUCGGAAUCCCGAGGGUUUGUUAUUUGGAGGGUUUUGCUGUUGAUCUCGGAAGAGAUGGGAUUGGGGCCCGAGGCGGCUGAAGUGGUGUCCCGGGAGAGUGAUGGGAAAUCGGAAGGAAGGAACGGCAAGAACGAGAAGAAGAAGUGGAGGACGCGAUGGACGUGGGUCAAGCUUCGUUUGAUUGCGUGCUUCAUCUCGAGAUCGAAAGUGGAUACGUCUGUUAGCGGCGCCAGCACUCUUUGCGAAAAUAAAUCCACUAAUGAUGCUAGCAGGGACCAACCUGCUGUUCCAUUGGUCUCUGGUUCUACAACCACUAGUAAUGCAGAAAGUAGUGUAUCUACUCCUAAAAUGGGCGACGAACUCAAAGUUGCUUCUCAGCUGCGAAAAUUCACUUUCCAUGAGCUCAAGUUAGCCACAAGAAACUUUAGACCAGAGAGUCUACUUGGAGAAGGAGGCUUUGGUUGUGUUUUCAAAGGCUGGAUUGAGGAGAAUGGAACAGCUCCUGUGAAACCUGGUACAGGACUUACUGUUGCUGUAAAAACGCUUAAUCAUGAUGGUCUUCAAGGGCACAAAGAGUGGCUCGCUGAAGUUAAUUUUCUUGGUGAACUUCUGCACCCGCACUUAGUGAAACUGGUAGGGUAUUGCAUAGAAGAUGAUCAGAGGUUGCUGGUGUAUGAGUUCAUGCCUCGUGGGAGUUUGGAGAAUCAUCUAUUUAGAAGAUCUCUUCCACUCUCGUGGUCUGUUAGAUUGAAAAUUGCACUAGGAGCUGCAAAGGGUCUUGCCUUUCUUCAUGAAGAAGCAGAAAGACCAGUUAUAUAUCGUGAUUUUAAGACGUCUAAUAUUUUGCUUGAUUCAGAUUACAAUGCCAAGCUUUCUGAUUUUGGACUUGCUAAAGAUGGCCCUGAGGGAGACAAGACUCAUGUGUCCACAAGAGUGAUGGGAACGUAUGGUUAUGCAGCUCCAGAAUAUGUAAUGACAGGACAUCUGACUUCAAAGAGCGAUGUUUACAGCUUCGGGGUUGUCCUACUCGAAAUUCUAACAGGGAGAAGGUCUAUGGAUAAGAAUCGGCCCAAUGGCCAACAUAACCUGGUUGAAUGGGCACGCCCCCAUCUUGGGGAAAGGCGGCGCUUUUACAGGCUUAUAGACCCUCGCCUGCAGGGCCAUUUCUCUGUCAAAGGGGCACAAAAGGCAGCUGAGCUGGCACACCGCUGCCUCAGUCGGGAUCCCAAAGCCAGACCGCUUAUGAGUGAAGUGGUGGAAGCCCUGAAACCACUACUCAACCUUAAAGACAUGGCCAGUUCAUCAUACUACUUUCAAACCGUCCAAGGAGAUCAUGGUGCUGCCAAUAGCAGUAAUUCAAGUAUCCGAAAUGGCUUAAAGAAACAAAUUUCCUUCUCUAAAAAUGGGCAGCAACCAAUGAGGAGCCUUUCAAAUAGCACGAUUAAUUCUCCGUACCAUCAAUCACCAAAGAUCAAUGCUGAACAGCCAUGAGUUCAUCCAUUUCCAUCUGUCAUCUCCUCAGAGGAAUACAAAACUAGGAUGGGCAUUAGGUCUGCAGGCUUGUGCUGAUGCUGGUGCUGGUGGACAUUCAACAGUGAGGUUUAAUUGACCAAUAUUCUCUGUUGAUUCUAAAUUAUCUGAAGAUACACCUCUUAAGGAUAAUUAUAACUGAUGCCUGUUUGUCUUAUUCAAGUAAUUGUCAGUUGUUUGAUAUUAGCUA